UCACUCUCUGUCUCUCUCUCUAUAUACUUUACCUUGAUGAGAGAUAAAGUCCAUUAUCUUUUGUUGGGAGUUAGAGUUCUUCACUUGGUGCCAUCAUUCCUUCCCACCUCGCCACUUAAUCCCCUCCCUUAUAUAUUAAUCCUACAAAAUCCCAUCCCUCACCAACCCACUUCCUACUUUGUGCCAUCAUUCCUUCUUGAGUUUUCACAAUCCCACAAGAAAAAAUGGGAGCAGCAACGACUCUGGUGGUGGUGAUGGCGGUGCUUCUGUUUGGACUUGGGGACUGCGCGGCGCCGGCUCCUGCGGUGGACUGCUCGAGCCUGAUCUUGAACAUGGCGGACUGCUUGUCGUUUGUGUCGAAUGGGAGCACGGACACGAAGCCUGCAGGGACUUGCUGCAGUGGCCUCAAGACUGUUCUCAAAGCCGACGCUUCCUGCCUCUGUGAGGCCUUCAAAAGCAGUGCUCAACUCGGCGUCGUUUUGAACAUCACCAAGGCCAUCUCCCUCCCCGCCGCUUGCAAAGUCUCCGCUCCGUCUGCCUCCAACUGUGGAUUAUCUCUCAGUCCUGCUGGUGCUCCUGGUGGAGCACCUACCUCGCCGGCACCUUCUCCAAUGUCAGGUGCUGACAUUGGUGGUGCACCAGCGUCGUCGACUACUGGAGGGAAUGAGCAAACACCCGCUGCAUCUCCUCAGGGAAGCUCAGGUUCUUUUACGCUCGCUAGUUCGGUUGGAUCCCUACUUGUUGGUCUUGUAAUUGCAUCAUUCCCUUGUUUCUGAGAGCCGAGUUUGGUGGUGCCAUUUUUGCGAGUAGAGAGGGAUGAUGUGAUAUAUGGCACUUCUGUUUAUUUUACCAUUGGGGUUAGUUCAUUCUGAGGGGUGACUAAGCUAGGUUUUAACAUUGUUUUCGGGGUCACUCGAAACCUGUUUCGAUGGCUUAGUUGGUUGGACAACGUUUUCCUAAUGUAUUAAUCUCUAUCCUAUUCCAGUAUUUAUGUACAUUUGUGCUCCCUUUCCUAUUGAAUUUGACGUUUGAACGAAA